GAUGUUUUCUAACCAGCAAAAACGAGGAAUUGAUGCAAUUUUUAGGAAUUGCAUCUAUUACAGUUCUGUUUUUUUUCAGACUCAUAUGGAAAACCUAUAUAGAGGAAACAUUAAGUGGCGUUGUGAGGUCUGUGCAAUAACCAGAACACAGGCGUUGGCAUAAUCCCCAGAGGAGGUGACAGGAUGAAGGUGUGUCUCCAGGUGAAACAUCUAAAGGCUUUAUUGCUCAGUGACGUGUUUUCCGAGCAGAUAAGUGUUGGCGUUAGUGACCAAGGUUGAACUUUGCUCCCUGUGUCAGUUUGAGUCCCACCUGCUGGUCCAGGAAAUGCAGCUCUGAUCAACAGCACAGUCCACAGCAGCCGCCACGGAAGUGAAAGCACUGAAAUGAUUGCUUCCUGGAAAUUAUGGUUUGGCCUUGUGUUCAUUUGUUCACAACAAUGCAGAGUGGAAACUCAGAAACUCCAGGUCGAGCCUCUGGACUUGGCAGCUUUGAGAGGUUCUGAUGUCCAGUUUAUCGCCAACGUUGAGGGAACUUGGGAUGUCAUGACCUGGAAGGUUGGAAAGCUUCUAGUACUGACCAUAGCCGACGACAUAAUCGGAUCUGGGAGAUUCAAUGCUAGUUUCUGCUAUAAUGACUCAAGACGUUGCGUGGAGUUCAAGAUCUAUGAUGUCAGCCAUGAAGAUAGUGGAGCAGUUGAGUUUCCCAAACCUGCAGACUGGACAGUGCUGAUAGCUGUAGUUGUGUCAUUUGGAAGUUGUGCUUUGUUGGUUUUACUCAUACUGGGAAUCUACCACUGCUACAAACAAAGGAAAGAAAAAGAAUCAAAUUACCAAGAUGAGAUGAGGAGAGUAAAAACACAGAGCCAGUUAAGUGUUAUCAGUGCAGAUGAACAGACAUCAGGUCAGGUGAAUGAAACCUAUGAGCCGGACAAUCAGGAUAUUAACAUCCACGUUGGUGCUGAGCCAGGAUUUGUGAAACACAGACAUGUCACCAUUGUUUGAUGACACACCGAGGAAGGAGAGCUCUACAGAGGACUGAAGGAAGUUUAUCAGCACCUUAAACAUUUCCUGCUAUUUUGUAAACAGU